AAUAGGCGGCUCCCGUGAGGGGACGCGUCCAUUUUGGCGCCAAGACAACUCCGUCCCAGCAGCCGUGUGGACAGACGCGCAGACAAGCGUCAGGGAGGGUCGGCCUGAGGACGCUGUUCUUGUUUUUACCUGUACAUUGACUUUUUUGGGCCGUACAGUGAUAUCUGGGAAGAAAUAGCGUUCGGUAGCAUAUGCCUAAGUUGAACCAGUUCGGUGAGCAGCCGACGAAUUGGAUUGUGCUCCGAGAGCAAGCAAGGGACGAGGUAGAACCCAGCGAGAACCAGGACAGGCGCACGGCGUUCGCAGCCAUCUUCUUCUUCUGGUGUUUCCCGCUUCUCGGAGUCCUCUUCGUCUACGUUCUUUACGUCCACCUCAAGUCAAUGGAGUCGAACCAAGCUACCAGGAGACCUCCGAUGGGAAGCCGCCAUCCUCUCGUCCGUAGCGGGUCCACCGCGGUCAGGCGCCCGUCGGUUCCUCCCCCGAGCCCUCCGCAGCGGCGCCGACAACGCCGCCGGCUCGGCUCGACAGGCAGCAGCGCCGGAGAGUCCACCUCCAGUCACUCCAGCUCCCACUUUAGCGCCGGAGAGGAGAGCGACAUGUACGAUAGGAUCAUGGCCCUGGAGGAGCAGGUGACCACCCUGACGGCUGAGCUGAAGCAGGCGCGGACGGUCCACCCCGCCAAACACAUCGUGCUGAGGAUGAUGAACGAGAAGGCGGCGGAGAUCGGCCGGCUGACGGGGCAGCUCGCCCUCAAGUCCGAGGACAACGUCCUGCUGCUCGAGGAGAACGAGUCACUCAAAGUCGAGAAUGAGGCUCUAAAAGUUCAACUGGUUGCGCUGCGGACUGCCUUAAGCGUCAUCCGGCCCAUCCCGGUGCACCGAGGCGAUCAGCAGACGGCAGCGGCGCGGAGAUCAGCCUACUUCCGAUCACAGAGCGCUCCCGACCCGGUGGAAAGCCACGAAGACCAGCAGACGGCAGCAGCGGUUCGAAGGGCGGCGUACAGCCGAUCAAAAAGUGCUCCCACUCCCAGUCCUACAUCCAGCCAAGAUGACGUCUUCCUCCCGUCGGUGUGUGAGCUGGACGAGAUCGACUCUGCGGAAACAAGACGGCAGCGCCUUACCAAGCAGAACUCUCAAAGGAGGGGCUCCUCCAUCAAGAAAAUGUUUCGGAAGUUUCGGAGAAUGAGUAGCUACCAUGGCAGUGCCACGAGUAAAAACGGUUAAGAAUAGAAAAUGUGAAACAGCUACUUAAAAAAGUUUGAAUGUUUGUGACCAAAUGUACGAAAGACAUACCAUGACAAUCGGUCGGUCCCUAUGUAGAAUGCGUAGAAUACGUAAACGUGUUCUUCAUAUGUAACCUCAAAGCAUGCUUGGUAGUAAGAGACGGUGUGAAUGCAGUGCUUAGACAUAGAAGAGUCACAAACAACUGCAUUUUUGAUGCCGGGUUUAUCAUUUCUUGAUUCAAUACUUUUUUUCGUCGGAUUGAUAAUUGUAAAUUCGGAAAUACUUUGGUGCUAAUCAAUUUAUAGAGUUUUAUUUUUGAAUCAAUUCCAAUGUAUUGUGUCAAAAUUUGUAUCAUCAAUUGAAUCUUUAUGUAAUUCUAAUGAAUUGGACUAAAUGCACUGUUAUGUAACCAGCUUUUCGGGAUAAGAUCAGACGUAAUCAUGUCAUACAAAAUCUACGCUGCUUGCAUCUUGUUGUGGCAAUUACAUGUCUGUUUAUCCAA